AGUGUCAGACAAGUUAAGAGAGUGAGACAAGCGAGAGAUUUGAGAUCUGAUACGCAGGUCUCGUAAAAAUGGCGAUCUCUUAUCAAUUCUCUCGGUUCUUCAUCGUAGUCAUCCUCGUUUCGUUCUUCUUCUCGUUCGCAUUCGCUGAGAUUCGUUUUUCGGAGAUAAGGUCCGACGAUCGAUCCAUCAUCCCUUUCGAUGAGUUUGGAUUCACCCACACAGGUCGUCUCGAACUCAACGUUUCCCAAAUUUCAUUCUCUAACCCCAGUCCGGAACUCGAUCUCCAACAGGUUGGGUUCUUCCUCAGCACCAGAGAUUCCUGGAUCCAUGUCCUUCAACAGAUCCAGGAUCUGGACAUCACAUGUGCUCUCCAAUCCGAUCUCGUCAAGGUUGUCUACACCUUUGAUCGUCUCAAAGGUGCUAAAAGCUUCGGUUUUGUCUUUUCGGAGACCGAUGCGAAUCAGUUCACCCUCGUCUUCGCCAACUGCCUUCAACAGCUUCAGGUCUCUAUGGAUGUUCAGUCUGCCAUGUAUAAUCUCGAUCCUAAGACCGGUAGCCGCGACUACUUAUCAGCCGGUGCGACCUUUCUCCCAAGACUUUACUUUAUGUUUUUCUUGGUUUAUUUCUCUAUGGCGGGCCUUUGGAUCUACAUCCUUCACAAGAAGCGGUUGACUGUCUUCCGGAUCCAUUUCUUUAUGCUCGCCGUGGUUAUCCUGAAGGCGCUGAAUCUUCUAUGUGAGGCAGAGGACAAAUCCUACAUUAAGCGCACCGGCAGCGCUCACGGUUGGGAUGUCCUCUUUUACAUUUUCAGUUUUUUGAAAGGAAUUACGCUGUUCACCUUGAUUGUCUUGAUCGGAACGGGCUGGUCCUUCCUGAAACCGUAUCUGCAAAACAAGGAGAAGAAGGUAUUGAUGAUUGUGAUCCCUCUCCAGGUGGUUGCGAAUAUAGCACAGGUCGUGAUCGAUGAGAGCGGACCCUAUGCACAGGACUGGAUCACGUGGAAACAGGUGUUCCUGCUUGUUGAUGUUAUUUGCUGUUGCGCUGUGCUGUUCCCUAUUGUGUGGUCCAUUAAGAAUCUGCGAGAGGCUGCUCGCACUGAUGGAAAGGCUGCGGUAAACUUGAUGAAGUUGACGCUGUUCCGGCAAUACUACAUUGUUGUUAUCUGCUACAUUUACUUCACACGCGUUGUGGUUUACGCCUUGGUGACUAUCACGUCAUACCGUUAUAUGUGGACAAGUGUGGUGGCCGGAGAAUUGGCAACUCUUGCAUUCUACAUAUUCACAGGGUAUAAAUUCAGGCCUGAGGCGCACAAUCCAUAUUUUGUAAUUGAUGAUGAAGAGGAGGAAGCUGCUGCUGAAGCGCUGAAGCUGGAAGACGAGUUUGAAUUAUGAUUAAUUCAGGAUUAUUGAUACUGUUGGACUGGUAGCUCCCUCUGGGCUCCGACUUUUGAAAAAUGCGGUGGAAAAGGACAGCUCACAGUUAUUGCAUUGGGAAGGAGGUCGAGGUAGGAAUUACUUUGGUUUCAUUGGUCAAUCUUUUAUAGGAGGCUUGGAGUUCUUGUUCAGCCUAAGUUUGUGUCCCCUCCCCCCCAAACCCGGUUUAUGGUUUUUCUGUGUGUGUUUUACCUAUGGUUAUUUGUUAGUUACAUAGUGACUGGAAGUCCAGAAUACCAGAACCUCUGCACAUGCUUUAAUGUUAGAAAAGCCCUAUGUGUGAUUCCUCUCUCCCCCCACCCCCUAGAAAAGGGUACUUUCUUUUGUG